AUGGGGGACAACCAGUCAGGGGUCCCAGAACUCAUCCUGGUGGGAUUCCUGCUCAGUGCAGACAUGGAAGUGCUUCUCUGCUGUGUCUUCUCCCUGUUGUAUGUCUCCAACAUGCUGGCAAAUGGCAUGAUCUUGGGGCUCAUCUGGCUGGACGUUAGGCUGCACACCCCCAUGUACUUCUUCCUCUCUCAUCUGGCCAUCAUUGACAUCUCCUAUGCCUCCAGCAAUUUGCCCAAAUUACUGGAAAACCUAGUGAAACACAAAAAAAUGAUCUCCUAUGUUUCUUGUGCUGCACAAUUGUUUUUUUAUUUGGGUUUUGCCUGCACAGAGUGCCUGAUUUUGGUGGUGAUGUCCUAUGACAGGUACGUGGCCAUCUGCCAUCCUCUCCACUAUAUGGUGAUCAUGACCUGGAGACUGUGCACGGUGCUGGCCAUCACUUCCUGGGCUAGUGGUUUUUCUGUUGCCUUAGGAGAUCUGAUUCUCUUUCUGAGAGUGCCCUACUGUGGAUUCCCAGAGGUGAACCACAUCUUCUGUGAAAUAAUAGCUGUCCUCAAAGUGGCCUGUGGGGACACCUGGAUCAACAAAUUUUUUAUCCUUUCUUGUGGUGCUUUUAUCUUAGUGGGGCCCCUUUCCUUGAUGCUGGUCUCCUACAUGCGCAUCGUCUUGACCAUCCUGAAGAUCAAGUCAAAGGAGGGCCGCAGAAAGGUCUUCUCCACCUGCUCCUCCCACCUCUGUGUGGUUGGGUUCUACUUUGGCAUUGCCAUGAUUAUUUACAUGGUCCCCGAUGAUGGUCACUGGGAUGAGCAGAAAAAAGUUCUCACCCUGUUUUAUAUCUUCUUCAACCCAUUGUUGAACCCCCUCAUCUACAGUCUGAGGAAUGCUCAAAUGAAGGCUGCAUUCAACAGAGCAGUGCAGAAGCAGAGGACAUCAUGA